CGGGAGGGGCGGGGAGGGGCGGGGGGAGGGGGGCUGGGAAAGUUGAGGCCGCGCUGCUGCCGGGUCUCCGGCCUGGAGGGCUCGGACUCGUAGAGGCGGCGGUGGCCACCAGAAGAGGCGGCGGGGGCGGGGGGAGAGGAGGGCCUGGGCCCGCGCUCCCCCAGCCCCAGAGGAGCAGGCGGCGGCCGCGGACGGAGAGAUUCACCUGGGUGGUCGCACCCCCCUGCUUUCUCCUCCUGGGAUCAUGACCCAGGCGGGGGUCGCCGCGGCCGAGACCGCGCAGCCCGCGGGACAAAGAAAAAUUGAGGGGGUGGGGGGAAGAGAAGGAAGAUACCUUCAACCCUGCUUCACUGCCUGUGAACCCCCUCCACCCUUCAUCCCCUGCAGGAGAGGACUAGGGGCUUGAACCUGGAUCCUUGUGCUUGAUGCCAUGUGAACUCAACCAAUAAGAAGAAAACAUAACUUAUAGACCAUCUUCUGGCAGAUGAUGAUAGAUUUGGAUCAGAAACAGGAGGUGUUAGCAGCCAGGAAUCAAAAGUGAAAAACUUUGGCAAGGCCUUGGGUUCCUAUCACAGUAACCAUGCCAGAAAUGACAGAGAAUGAGACUCCUACAAAAAAACAACACAGAAAGAAAAACCGGGAGACACACAAUGCAGUGGAGAGGCAUAGAAAGAAGAAAAUCAAUGCCGGGAUAAACAGAAUAGGAGAGCUGAUCCCAUGUUCACCUGCACUGAAGCAGAGUAAGAAUAUGAUUCUGGACCAAGCCUUUAAGUAUAUAACAGAAUUGAAAAGGCAAAAUGAUGAACUCCUACUUAAUGGAGGAAACAAUGAGCAAGCUGAAGAAAUUAAAAAGCUUCGCAAACAACUGGAAGAAAUUCAAAAAGAAAAUGGCCGAUAUAUUGAAUUACUGAAAGCAAAUGACAUAUGCUUAUACGAUGACCCCACCAUCCACUGGAAGGGAAAUCUUAAAAACUCAAAGGUCUCCGUUGUUAUUCCCAGUGAACAGGUUCAAAAAAAUAUUAUUGUUUAUUCUAAUGGGAGUCAGCCUGGUGGAAACAGCCAGGGAGCAGCUGUUCAGGGGAUAACUUUCAAUGUUGGUCAUAAUUUGCAAAAGCAAACGGCCAAUGUGGUGCCAGUCCAGAGGACUUGCAACCUUGUGACUCCUGUGUCUAUUUCUGGAGUAUACCCUUCUGAAAACAAGCCGUGGCAUCAGACCACAGUUUCUGCAUUGGCUGCCAACCAGCCCGUUCCUCUUUGUCUUCCUGCUACCAUUUCUGCUCAAAAUAUUCUUGAGCUUUCCACCUCAGAAAGUGAAUCAAGUGUUCCUGGUACCACUAGUGGUUCACUGAUUGCUGUUCCUGUUGGACCUGAGACUCAGCAGCAUAGUUCCCUGCAGACAUGUCUAAGUAAUCAGAAUUCUUCUGAAAAUAAGAAUGGGCAAGAAAGCCCCAAAUUACCGAAGAAGAUAGUUUCUUGUGCCACAAGUGAUCCCUCCACCUCCUCGGCAACUACCGCUAACGUGAGUCAUGGAAGCAAGCCCAACACCAGCACACAGGAUCUCAGAAGUGAUUUUCAAACCACCUUUGUUGUUUCGGUUGCCACCACAGUCUGCUCCCAGCAUCCCAGAUCUGCAACUAAUUCUUGUCCAGCGAGCAUUAGCAGAGGUGCAGAAUCGGCAGGAGUUACUACAGUGGUGGCACCAUCUGCUUCCGGAGGAGGGAAAGCCACCAUUCCUGUUAGUACUGUCUCUAUAAACCCUUUGGACAAUGGUUGGACUCGUUCUUGCUCUCUGCCUUCUUCAGCUGUUAGUACUUCAGAUAUGAAAAACAUGAAUAGCCUUACCAGGAUUUCCUCAGCUGGUAACACACAGACAACAUGGACUACCUUGCAACUGGCAGGAAACACUAUUCAGCCCUUAAACCAGACAUCAUCUUCGGCUGUGGCACCAGUCUUAAUGGAGUCUGGUACUAGCUCCACCACAAAUAACCACAAUAGACAUGUGGCUACAGGUGUCAACUUGAAUAAUUCCUUUUUAGCAGAGGGACAACCAGUUGAGCAAGUAGUUGUAACCUUGCCUUCUUGUCCAUCUUUACCUAUGCAGCCAUUUAUUGCCCACUCACAAGUUAAAUCUCAGCCACCAAAAAAUAUUCUUCCAUUGAAUUCAGCAAUGCAGGUGAUUCAGAUGGCUCAGCCAAUUGGGCCAGCUGUUAAUGCAGUGCCAGCUAAUCAAAAUGUUAUCAUUCUUCAGCCACCCAGCACCACCCCAUGCCCAACAGUGAUGAGGGCAGACGUUCCUAACCAAGCAGUAGGUCAACAGAUAGUAAUAAUACAGGCAGCUAAUCAGAAUCCUUUGCCACUCCUCUCUGCUCCACCUCCUGGUUCUGUCAGGCUUCCUGUUAAUGGAGCCAGUGCUAUAAUAGGGUCUAAUAAUUCUGUGCAAAAUGUUUCAACCCCACAAACUUUUGGAGGAAAACAUCUUGUUCACAUAUUACCAAGACCCUCAUCUUUAUCUACAUCUAGUUCAACACAAACUUUUUCUGUUACCAUGUCAAAUCAACAACAGCCUCAAACCAUUUCUUUAAACGGACAGCUCUUUGCUUUGCAACCUGUGAUGUCUUCAUCAGGAACUACGAAUCAAACCCCUAUGCAAAUUAUCCAGCCCACCACCAGCGAAGAUCCAAAUACCAAUGUUGCCCUAAAUACAUUUGGCGCUUUGGCCAACCUCAAUCAAAGCAUAUCACAGAUGGCUGGGCAAAGCUGUGUACAAUUUUCUGUUAGCCAGUCUGCCAAUUCUCAAACUGUUGUGAACAAUCAAACCACCCCAGUUAACUGUGUUUCAUUAACAACUACUGUAGCAUCUCCCAUGACCACAGAUAAUUCAGCUACACUACCCAGUAAUUACAGUGUAGUGACUACUCCCUCAGUGAACACUGUAGCUUGUCUGUCUAACAUGAAAUCCAAACGGUUAACUAAGAAGCUAAGUGCCAAGAAACACUUAGCAAACAAGUCAGCAUGCCCCUUAAAUCCAGUCAAAGAUGUGACCAAGUUAGACUGCCCUAACACUGAUGGCUCAGCAGAGCCACCAUGCAGUGAUGGACUGCUGGAAAGCCUGCCUGUUGUGUUGCCACCUGUCAUUGUGUCCCAGGAAAAUAGUGUGAGUGCUUCAGAUUCACAGGCUUUGGAUGUUUUGAAUUCUGAACCAGUGCUACCUGUGUCUGUAUCCAAAUCUAAGUCAGCAGAAGAGUCCAGCUCACCCUUCCAAGAAUCUAUAACAAAUGAACAUUUUGCAAUCACCUCGAGAAAAUCCAAAGAUCCUGUCCCUAUUUUGCAACAAGAGACAUCUCAGGAUAAACCACCAACUGGUUUGGCCUUGCCAGACCCUGCCAAAUCCUGCACUUCAACUAACGUGUUGGUUCCAUCUCCAGGUGAUCCCCACAUUUUGGUUUCACAGGUUUCUGGUUUGUCAUCUACCACAAGCACUACAAGUUCUGACUGUAUUUCAGAGGUAGAAAUAAUUGCUGAACCUUGCAGGGAUGAGCAAGAUUCAUCAGCUACAGUGCACACCACAGGUCUCUUAAAGGGGCAGGGUUUAACUGCAUUGCUGUCUGGUCUUGAUAAAGAAAAAGACCCUCAGAAAGCAUCUCUUUCAGUUCAGGUGGAUCAUCCUGACUUUUCUUCAGAAAAUUCUGAAAUAGUUGAUUCGAGUGUUGAUUUGCAUCCCAAACAGGAUCUGCUACUGAUGCACAGUGAUGAAAGAGAUCCAGGAGGGCAUCAUUCCUGCAUCCCUGACCAGGAGAUUAUCGGUGGUUCUUUGCUCACCAGCAGGCAAACUGACUCUCCCAUGUCAACGAGCUCUGGCAGUAGUAGGAGUUUCUCAGUUGCAUCCAUGCUUCCUGAAACAACCAGAGAGGAUGUGGCCAGCAGUGCAACAACUAAUACCUGUGACAGCUGUACCUUUGCAGAGCAAACUGAUAUCGUCGCUCUUGCAGCAAGAGCUAUUUUUGAUCAGGAGAACCUUGAGAAAGGAAGAGCUGGCAUCCAGACUGAUAGAAGGGAGGUUACUACAAAGCCUUCUGAUGGGUCAUCAUUAAAGGGAAACCAGCCUUUCAAAGCACAGAUCUCCAAAGAGACUGGCCCAGGGCAAGCAGAUGCAACACCAAAUGAAUUUAAUUCUCGAGGUCCAGUUGAAACAAGUGUGGAUCGGUCCCUGGAAAAGCCAAGUUGUUCCAUAGGAAUUAAAACAUCAAAUGCUCCUUUACAGUCUUCAGCUUCUCAGCCGUCAGGUAUCACCAGUUUAAGUGUGAAUAAUCUGAUCCAUCAGAGCAGCAUCAAUCACCCUCUGGUCAGCUGUGCUGGCUUAUCCCAGACUUCAGAGCAGACAGCUGUUUCUGCAACAGUUAAUCUGACUGUUUCAUCUAACACUUACAAUAAUCAGCCUCCUGGGCCAUCUCUGAUGACUGACUAUUCUCAGAAACAGCUAAGUACCAUGGCUGGCACCAUACCCAAUUCACAGAUUCAAGAGCCACUUUUAAAGCCAAGUCAUGAAAGCCGAAAAGACUCUACAAAACGUGCUGUUCAGGAUGACCUUUUACUGUCUUCAGCUAAACGUCAAAAGCACUGUCAGCCAGCUCCCCUCAGACUGGAAAGCAUGUCCUUAAUGAACCAGACUCCAGACAGCAUUUCUGAUCAAACUCAAAUGAUGGUUAGUCAGCUGCCACCCAGUUCUUCAAAUUCAGUUGUGCCUGUUAGCAAUCCAGCACAUGGAGAGGGUCUCACACGAUUAUUCCCACCUAGUAACAACUUUGUGGCCCCUCCAUUGAGACAAACUGAAGUUCAGUGCAGUUCUCAACCUUCAGUUGCUGAACAGCAGCAAAAUCAGACCAGCCAGCAUCUACAGGCCUUGCAACAACAUGUUCCAGCUCAAGGGGUAUCUCACCUUCACAGUAAUCAUCUCUACUUAAAGCAGCAGCAGCAGCAGCAGCAGCAGCAGCAGCAAGCAGGACAGUUAAGAGAGAGACAUCACUUAUAUCAACUGCAGCACCACAUCCCUCAUGCAGAGAGUUCUGUCCACUCUCAGCAGCAUAAUGUCCACCAGCAGAGAACUCUGCAACAGGAAGUACAGAUGCAGAAAAAGAGGAAUCUUGUUCCAGGCACGCCAUCCUCUCAGCUCUCCUUACAACCAAAGCACCAUGGAAGUGACCAGUCCCGCCCCAAGAGCAGUCAGCCACAUCCUCACCAUCAGCAGAUGCAGCAGCAGAUGCAGCAGCACUUUGGAAGCUCCCAGCCAGAGAAGAAUUGUGAAAACCCUUCUACCAGCCGAAAUCACCACAACCACCCUCAGAAUCAUCUCAGUCAGGAUAUUAUGCACCAGCAGCAGGAUGUUGGAAGCAGGCAGCCAAGUUCAGGGGUUUCUUCUGAACACAUACCUGGGCAUAAUCCAAUGCAGAGGCUUUUGACAUCAAGAGGUCUAGAGCAGCAGCAAAUGGUGUCUCAGCCAAGCAUUGUGACCAGGCCUUCAGACAUGACAUGUACUCCACACAGACCAGAGAGAAAUAGAGUUUCAAGUUAUUCUGCUGAGGCACUCAUUGGAAAAACAUCUACUAAUUCAGAGCAGAGAAUGGGCCUAUCAAUCCAGGGUUCCAGGGUUUCAGAUCAGCUUGAAAUGAGAAGCUACCUUGAUGUUCCCAGAAAUAAGAGUUUGACCAUUCACAAUAUGCAGAGUCGUGUAGACCACACUGUUGCUUCAGACAUCCGUCUGUCUGAUUGUCAGACAUUUAAACCAAGUGGAGCCAGUCAGCAACCCCAGAGUAAUUUUGAAGUACAGUCUUCAAGAAAUAAUGAGAUAGGUAACCCUGUAUCAUCUUUGAGGAGUAUGCAGUCCCAGGCUUUUCGAAUUAGUCAAAACCCUGGUCCACCACCAAUUGACCGUCAAAAGAGACUGCCUUAUCCACCAGUUCAGAGCAUACCAACAGGGAAUACUAUCCCACCAAGGGACAGUGAAAAUACAUGUCACCAAAGUUUCAUGCAAAGCUUACUUGCCCCUCACCUUGGUGAUCAAGUCAUUGGGAGCCAGAGGUCACUCUCAGAACAUCAAAGGAAUGCACAGUGUGGCCCAUCCUCUGCAAUUGAAUACAAUUGUCCCCCGCCUCAUGAAAGUGUCCAUAUUAGAAGAGAGAGUGAAAGUCAAAAUAGGGAAAGUUGUGACAUGUCCCUAGGUGCAAUUAACACCAGGAACAGCACCUUGAGUAUUCCUUUUUCAAGUUCCUCUUCAUCAGGAGAUAUUCAGGGUCGAAACACAAGUCCCAAUGUUUCUGUACAAAAGUCUAAUCCUAUGAGGAUUACUGACAGUCAUGGGACCAAGGGCCACAUGAACCCUCCAGUCACAACCAAUAUGCAUGGAGUUGCAAGGCCAGCUUUGCCACAUCCAUCUGUGUCUCAUGGAAAUGCUGAUCAAGGGCCUCCUGUCCGCCAAACAAACUCUUCAGUUCCCCAGCGAUCAAGGCACCCUUUGCAAGAUAGCAGCAGUUCUAAAAUCCGUCAACCUGAAAGGAAUCGUUCUGGAAACCAAAGACACACGAAUGUCUUUGAUCCAAGUCUUCCCCAUCUUCCUCUGUCUACCAGUGGUAGUAUGAUUCUUGGACGCCAACAACCUACUACAGAAAAGAGAGGAAGUAUUGUUCGUUUCAUGCCUGAUAGCCCACAAGUACCUAAUGAUAAUCCAGCGCCCGACCAGCAUACACUGUCACAAAAUUUUGGUUUUCCUUUUAUUCCUGAGGGUGGCAUGAAUCCACCGAUAAAUGCUAAUACUUCCUUCAUUCCACAGGUUACUCAGCCUAGUGCCACUAGAACUCCUGCCCUCAUCCCUGUAGAUCCCCAAAAUUCUCUACCUUCCUUCUAUCCCCCAUACUCUCCUGCUCAUCCUACACUAUCUAAUGAUAUCUCAAUCCCCUAUUUUUCAAAUCAGAUGUUCUCAAAUCCUAGCACAGAGAAGGUAAGCAGUGGAAGUUUAAAUAACCGAUUUGGAUCAAUUUUGUCUCCUCCUAGACCUGUUGGUUUUGCUCAACCAAGUUUUCCUCUUCUCCCUGACAUGCCACCAAUGCACAUGACCAAUUCUCAUUUAUCUAACUUCAAUAUGACGUCUUUGUUUCCUGAAAUAGCUACAGCUCUUCCUGAUGGCUCAGCAAUGUCACCUUUGCUAACAAUCACAAACUCCUCAGCUUCUGACUCUUCCAAGCAGUCCUCAAACAGACCUGCCCACAACAUAAGCCAUAUUUUAGGUCAUGAUUGCAGUUCAGCUGUUUAAAUAUUGACAGACUAAACAUAAAUGUAACAGGUGAUAUUACACAUAUACAUGAAGAGAGAUUGGGUAUGUAUGUGUCUUUGUGUUUGUAUAUUCAACUUUCAGCUUUUGGAAUGUAGGGAAGCCAUGUCAGAUGAUGCAAAUUGAGUUGUCAAAAAUGUUAUAUCUCAUUUUAGCUGCAUGGCGUGAUUUAAAAAAGAAAAAAGUUUCCAAGCAGAUUUACAUUUUCAAGUGUGAUCAGUAGCCUUAUAUUCCUAAAUAUUAAAUCAUCUGAAAGUUGAGGAGAUUAUCUUGGCCUGUGCUGGAUAGUAGGAAGAAAGCUAAAUUUUAAGUUCUGUUGCUUAUCAUUUGUAGACAGUUGAGUUACUCUCCAAAAACAGUUUGCGGUCACAUACCUGCUCAUAACCAAAUGCUAGUCGUCGUCCCCCCCCCCCCCAUUGCAAGUGUGGAAUUAAUACUGAAUGUUCCUGGUUACAGUCAAAUGAUAAGCAAACAAAUGAAUGGUUUAUUCAGCCUUUACCCCCAAGGUUUGGUUCUUAAUUAUUACAGCUUAUAAAGUACCUGAAUUUCAUGUCUUGUUCUUUCAGAUUAGGGAGCCAUGUUAUUUAAUGUGCCAAGGUCCUUUAAGGCAAAGGUCUUCCUUGGACAAUUAGCCUUAAAAAUAAAAAAGCUGAAGUGUGAAGUACAUAGAUGUUCUUCAUCUUGUACUUGCAGUUUGCAUCAUGCCAUAAAGAUAAAAAGCAUUUGUAUUGUUGAAUAGUGUAUGUGUCUAGUAAAAAAAUUACUAUUUCGUCUCUUGAGUUGUUUUAGUUUUCUGUCUUCAUUCUAUUUAUUUGAUCUUGAAAUAAAUUUGUCUAUAUUCAUUUAAUAAUUAGUACUGGUCAAAAAUAAUGUAUUUAGAAUCUACACAAUUAUUUAAGCCUUGUUUUUAAAACAUUUCUGAGCAAA